CUCAUUUUACACUCCACCUCAAUCCAACCAAAAAAAAAAUGGACUCCAAUUCUUCCCCCCCUGAAGACCUGGAAAGAUCGGCCGCCUACACCCGGCUGCCGGACCACCCUCCCUCUCCGGCGGAUCACAGCCGACCCUUCAAGGGUCUCGCCGGAAUAUUCCUCUCCAUGCUCUUAAUGUCGUCUUUGGUUGCUUUAAUCGUCAAUCAAGACCCGCGUCCCCGGUCCAACGUCAAUGACGAUCAAAGGGAGAGUACUUCUCCUUCAAUGCCGGUGCCGGAGAGUUUAAUGCCGCAGUCGAGGGGGGUGGCGCAGGGGGUGUCGGAGAAGGCAGUGCGAGAAUUCUCCGGUAGCGGCCCGGUUUACCCUUGGACUAAUGCUAUGCUGGCUUGGCAGAGGACUUCUUACCAUUUUCAGCCGGAAAAGAACUGGAUGAAUGAUCCUGAUGGUCCAUUGCAUCACAUGGGGUGGUACCACCUUUUCUACCAGUACAACCCCGAUUCAGCAGUUUGGGGCAACAUAACAUGGGGCCAUGCAGUAUCAAGGGACCUGAUCCACUGGCUCUACCUCCCCAUCGCCAUGGUCCCCGAUCACUGGUUCGAUUUGAACGGUGUUUGGACCGGGUCUGCUACCCUCCUCCCCGACGGUCAGAUCAUCAUGUUGUACACCGGUGAUACUGAUAACGCCGUGCAGGUGCAAAACCUAGCGUAUCCCGCCAACUUAUCUGAUCCCCUCCUCCUAGAUUGGGUCAAGUAUGAACAAAACCCGGUUAUUGUUCCCCCACCCGGAAUUGGACUAACGAAUUUUCGGGACCCGAGCACAGCAUGGUACGCCCAAGACGGCACAUGGCGGGUCGCUAUCGGGUCAAAGCUGAAUAAAACGGGUAUUUCCCUUGUGUACCAAACCACUAAUUUUACUAGCUUCGAGCUUAUGGAUGGGGUAAUGCAUGCGGUUCCGGGUACGGGUAUGUGGGAGUGCAUAGAUUUUUACCCGGUCUCAACAAACAGUACAAUUGGGUUGGAGACGUCGGUUAUUGGGCCGGAUGUCAAGCACGUGCUCAAGGCAAGUUUGGAUGAUGAUAAGAAGGAUUUUUAUGCACUCGGGACGUACGAUCCAAGUAAUAACACAUGGACACCGGAUGACCCGGAGAUGGAUGUGGGUAUCGGGUUGCGGAUGGACUAUGGGAAAUUUUACGCAUCAAAAACAUUCUAUGACCAGACAAAGCAGAGGAGGAUCUUGUGGGGUUGGAUUGGGGAAACUGACAAUGCAGGUGAUGAUCUUUUGAAGGGUUGGGCAUGUGUUCAGGCCAUUCCAAGGACUAUAGAGUUUGACAUGAAGACGGGAACUAACGUACUCCAAUGGCCGGUGGAGGAAGUGAAGGAGUUGAGAUUGAACGCAACUGAGUACCAAGGGGUGGAGCUUGAACCAGGUUCAGUUGUGCCACUCAACCUAACCUCUGCUACACAGUUGGACAUAAGUGCAACAUUUGAAGUGGAUGAGGCAGCAUUAGAGGGGACAUUCGAAGCAGACGUUGGCUACAAUUGCAGCACUGCUGGUGCUUCCGUUAGAGGCGCUCUCGGACCUUUCGGACUCCUUGUCAUCGCUGAUGAUUCUCUCUCCGAAUUCACGGCCAUUUAUUUCUACAUUGCCAAGGACACUGAUGGCAGUUACACAACCUUCUUAUGUUCCGACGAAAUGAGGUCAUCGAACGCGAAUGAUAUUAACAAGAGGAUUUAUGGGGGAUCGGUCCCUGUGCUCGAUGCUGAAACAUUGUCCAUGAGAUCAUUGGUGGAUCAUUCGAUUGUGGAGAGCUUUGCUCAAGGAGGGAGAACAGUGGUCACGUCGCGAAUCUACCCGACCAAGGCAAUCUAUGGAGCAGCGCGAGCGUUUCUGUUCAACAACGCCACAGGAGCAAAUGUCACAGCAUCGGUCAAGAUAUGGACGCUGGACUCGGCCAACAUUCAGCCAUAUCCAUUAGAUAAUAUGUACGAAGCUUAGGAAACUCAUCUUUGUAGUAGUAUUUCAAGUUAUUGUCCUCCAUUCUUCGUUCCGAUCGGUUGUCAAAUAUCAAAGAAGUAGAAGGAAAAGGGCAGAUUUUUGCAGCAACCGAGCAAUAUAUUGUAUCAUCCAAUUUUUUUUUCUGGAGGGCUGUCAGUCCAUUUUGGGCAUGUUGUAUGGCAACAUUAAUUCAUUGUAUUCGAUCUGAAUAAUAAUUUAUGAAAUUUUGAGAUUUUCCAUUGGUUGUUUAA